CAAGAAAAGUAUAAAAGCCAGAAAUAAAAUUUAAUUUUUCACAUUUGACUUAAUUGCGAAGUUGAAUCAGUAAUUAAAUUAUGGUCUACUUAAAAACUGCAUUAGUCGCUGCGGUGUUGGCUUUUUUAAUUGUCUCGAGUUCUGCUGAAGAAGCGGAAAAAGUAAAAAUCAAAGUUACUUGCGCGUUACCGAAUGUGACAGUAAAAUAUACACCGGAACCAAAUUUGUCUGGUAAAUUUUAUUUCGAAAACAGCACGAAUCCGGAAUGUCUGAAAGAAUUUUCCAAUGGAACGGAAGAAGUUUUGAUAACCGAUUUCAAAACUUGUGUGACAGGUGAAACUAAAAACUUUAGUAUUAUCAUAGAAUAUGUUGAUGGAUCCAACGUAACUAAAAAGGCACGUGGGAAUGGAACCUGUCAGUUAAAACGAAUCGAAACUCUGGCCUUCCAUAAAGGCUUGGUAAUAAAAGAAUCAGUUACUGACGAUAACCAGACGGUAAUUGAAGAAGAGAUCGAAAUGAUUCCUAUUGAAGUGACGAGUGAGUCAGGACUGCAGGGAGAUUUGAAAAUAAUCGGAACUGAAGAGAAAGAAGUCGAAGAAGUUUCCAUGGGAGAAAAAGUUAAAUUAGAAAUUUCGAUAUCAGGAACUCCAGAGACAUUGGCUGAGUAUAAGAAAAUGAUUGUUGAGUCGUGUGUCAUUAGUUCGGCGUCAAAUGAUUCUGCGAAGAUUGAAAUUAAUUAUGGAUGUGACUCGACUUCUGCUGAUAUUCCAAAGUGGACUCAGGAAAAUAAUACAUUUGUGUCUGAGUACACAGCGAAGCCGUUUGGUGAUGACAGAAAUAUUACUAUCGACUGCUCAAUAAAAGCUUGCAUUGACCCAGAAGACUGUCCAGAUCCUGAAUGUCCCAAAGCUGAGACACGAAAACGUCGAGAUGUGAAUGAUGAUCUACUUAUCGAUAAUUAUUAUUAUCUAGAUGACAGUAAAUUUGAAAAAAUCAACGUUAAUUCAUUAGCUCUUACAAUUUCUAAAAAUUGAAAAAAAUUAUUACAUUAAUUACGGGAUUAAUUAGCAGACAAUUAAUGAUACUGAAGUUAGCAAACGUCUAAUAAUUUUUUGAUUUUUUUUAGACGAUAAAAAAUUUUUAAAAAAAUAUUUGAAAAAAUUGCACCUGUAGUUUUUAAAAUUUUCUACAUGUGCAUAUUUUUAUAUUAUUUUUUUGCAGUUGAUUUAUUGCAAAACGAAAAUUCAAAAAUUUUUAAAUGUCUGCUAAUUUCAGGAUCAUAAUUAUGAUACUGAAGUUAGCAGACGUCUAAUAAGUUUUGAAUUUUUUUUAUUAGGCGGUAAACUAUAAAAAAAAAUAUUUAGAAAAAUUGCACCUGUAGUUUUUCAAAUUUUCUAUCAGUGCAUUCUUUUAGUUUUAGUUUUUUUGCAAUUUAUUUGUAGACGAAAAAAUCCGAAAAUUACUAAUUGUCUGCUGAGUUCAAGAUCAUGAUUGAUUAAAUACUUUUACU